AUAAGCCGGGAUUCUCGAUAGAGGCGUUCUCCUGGCGUGUGGGUGGAAAACUCUGGAAGGUCCGUCAAACUCAAGAUUGAUCACCAAUCUACUGGGACAUCAGAUUGUGGAGGCUCGUCUGAACACAAAGAGGCGUGAGCGACAUCCGGUCCGGAGGAGCAAGCGACACCGACCUGCGGAGGAGCUUGUUCAAUCUGCGGCGUUGUCUGCAAAUGUGUGAUCCAAGAGACUCGUUGCCGAACUGCUUGUUUAGGUAUCCGAUUUGUGACCGUCAGCCCUCAGCGGCCUGGUUUCUGGCCUAGGGAAACGUCCAACGUUCUGCCGCCCCCGUACGUCCGAUCUAGAUGGAACUUUCAAGAUGUCAAUUUGCUGGUCAAGAUGUCGAUGUAGGCAUCUACCUCCAGAUGGAACUUUCUUCCCGACCUCGGAGGGGUUCUUCCCUUAGACGGAUGGAGCUUUCUCAGCUAACAAUUCAAUCGGAAAGACAUUCAAAUGAAAUUCUUGAAGAUAACUGAGGGAACCGCUCCAAAUGGCGACGGCCGGACAGAGCCUCCUAUAUAAGGGCUUAUUUGACCUUUUUAUGUGUCGGGGCUUACGCUCCCAUAAUCCUGGAGUCUAUGAACUACCCUCCAAAGCCCCUAGACAGUUAAAUCCGGAUCUGAUCACAGUCAGCCUCGUCAGUACUGGCUCCAAAGGACGAAUCCAGCAGGACUUACAUCACCUUUCAGGCUGCUCCUCCCACCACACGAACCCGCUACCUUCAUUACCAUCCUCUCCCUUCUCAUCCAUUGAGCAACUCUGUGAAGGUAGGAAGAAUCAUUGGGAGCAAGACCUCCCUCAUCUCCCCUUGAUGGGAAUUGAACCCAAGACCUCCGACAAAGGAGAGACUUGAGGAUGGAUGGUCAUCCAAUGGACUACACCCACCUUCCUGAGUAAAAUUUAAUUUAUACUUGAAAUAAGGGUCAAACAGGCCCUCCUACUAUUCCGAAACCGUCACAUAAACCCUCCAAUUAAAAAAAGGUCAAAUUAACACGUCUACAAUUUUAAACAAUCUCACGGGUCCAGAUGACCGAAACCCAACCCCUAAUUACCGGUGGAAUCCUACGUGGACAAGUACUUUUGUCAAAUCUGGAACUUUUUCAACGUCAUACCCGUUGCAUCAUAUCCCAAAAGGGUCAUGUUGAAUGUCUCUUACGGUUGUGGCUGAGAUAUUUCAAACAAACAUCCAUGGAGAAGAGGAGUGCAUCCAUCGAAUUCAGAUUUUAGGGUUUUGUGGAAGACCCAAAGCAACCCGCCAUCUAUCUAAAGCUCAAGUAAGUUCAUCCUCUCUCCAAUCUUUCAAAUUCAGGGUUCUUAACCAAGUAAGUCUUCUUCGUUGAGGUGUUCAAAGUGUAGGACGGCUGAAAUGUCUUCUGCUUCGUGCGGCUCAAAUAUUAAGGUCACUCCGACUCUUGAUUACGAACCAGCCAUGUACUGUAAAUGAUGGGUUGAAAUCUCCUUUGUGCGUUACAAGAGGAUCCGGUCGCCAGUUCUUUGGUUGCCAGAGAUGGAAGGUAAGAGCUAUGUGUGGAUUCUUUGCUUGGAAAGAAGACAUUAAAAUUCCAGAAAGAGAACAUCCUACACCAUGGGUUGAGGAGGUCAAAAAACAGAUGUAUGACUUGAGAGAAGAUGUCAUACAUGGUCAUGGUGAAGUAGGUCAUUUAAAAGUGCUGGUGCAAUCUGGAAUUGAGGAAAUCAAGAUUGUGAAGUGUAUCUUAAUAGCAAUUAUUGUAGCAAUGUGUUUGUUUCUUUCACUAGUACAGGGGAGAAACUAAGUCAUGUAUUUUGAUGAUAAGGGGGUUGACCAGCAAUGCAGCAGCAGUUUUACGCGAGCUAGGUAGCCUUGUAUUUUCAUAUUUUUGUGGUUUCAAGUGUUAGUAUAGUUUAACAUGUAAUGUGUGGGAAGUGCAUUAGCUGUAUUAAACAUGUUGUUAUGAAACUGAAUGUAUUUCACAAGUUGUAUGGAAUAGAAAACAUGUCUAUGAAAUGUAUAUUUCCCUACGUGUAUGAAUGACAGAUUAGUAUGGUUGCACAAAA